UAUUUUCUUAAUUGGAAUGUUCAAUGUUGACUUAGUACAUAAUUGGUCUUAUUUAGAACUAUAAGAAACAGUGUGUAUGUGCAAAAUUCUAGAUUUCUACGAUUAUUGUGAAAGGUCCCGUUACAAGAAUGAGAUCACGAAAAGUUUGCGCGUAAAUUAAUGUGUUUACGAUUCUUGCAUUGUGCAUAGAAAAUAAUGCUGUUGCAGCAAUGACAUAAACAUAAAACAUAUCAAUACAUUACUCAAAUGCAUCACACUAUUUUAAAGAAUAUGUAACUGUCUGUGAUUAAACCAUAGUUAUUAGAGGUAUUUUAUUUCUGGCUUAUGGUAUAUUGUCCAAUGGAGUCUGAUAAUAAUAACAUCACAAAUAAGAAUAAGUCUAAGGGAAAUUUAAAGAAAAAUGAAAAGAAAAAGAAAAUGGAGAAAAUAAAGGAUGCAGAUCUGAAAAAAGAUAAUACCACCAAAGAAGAUACUGUCUUCAAUAAGAGUGGGUCUCCAAGUUCUACAGAUAGUGAAGAUCUAGUCAAUGCAAUUAAUUACAACACAAUCACAUCUUUAGCAGCUUUAAAAGAUAUAAUUCAAGGUGAUAGUAAUGAUACUCCUGAAACUGAUAGCUUUUUUCAACACUAUUUUAUGAAUCACUGUAAUAAUCUCUCAAGUCGUACUUCUAAUUCACCUUUUCCAUACACUGAGAGACGACGUUUGUCUCAGUGCCGGGAAGAGGAUGAAGAUGAUUACAAAAAAGAUAGCUCAGCAUCUAACUCUCCAUCAAAAGCAUAUGAUGUUAAUAACGUUAGUCAGAAAAAUAAAUCACCCAAGGCACACCAAGACAUAAAAGGCAGAAAAAAAAUCCAUGAAGGCAAACCCAUAGAUGAUGCUUUGUCUGAGCGAACUGUAAUGGGUGCAAAGCAUAAAUUCUUGGUUACCACUGCAGAACCUGCACAGCAAAAAGUUGAGCGUGCAUUGAGAAUGCAUGUCAACAAUGCUCAUACUGUCCAUUUUGGUACCAAAGGUGCAGAAGAGUUAAGACCUAGUGUUCGGUCAAUAUUCAGUGGUGAGAAUCUUCAUCGUGACAAAAACUAUUUUGACAGUAGUUUAAUAGAAAUUAGAUCUACUGUUGAUGGUGUACUGACAAGUUCUGAAGAUAUUUGGAUUAAAAGAACAAAUGAAAAACCCGUUAUUUCCUCUAAAGAAGCAAAUAUUACGCAUGAUAAAAAGGCUAACGCAGAGAUGCUAGAACAGGACCAACUUGAACCAAUCCGAGCACGUUCUGGAACCUGGGGUUCCCAAUCUCGUAAAGAAAAAGAUAUUAAAGUUAUUGAUGUCAAGAAAAUUAAAGAUAUACAAAAGAACAAUGAUGACAGAAAGAACAGAAGAGACCAAAGAUUGGAUGCCGCCAUUACAAGAAGUACCCAAUCUGUUGGUGAAAGAAAAAGGCGAGGCUCGGCUGAUGAUGCUCAUCAGCUAUAUCAACAGACAAUUCAUGGAACCUCCGGGGUGAGCAGAAGACCAGCUUUGUUUGAUAUGUUUAAAUCUAGGCCUCGCGGUGAUAAUAAGAAACAACCAACUAUAAUACAACAGUUCAAAGCCGCAAUGCAGAAUAUGACAAAGCCGAAAGAAGGAGAGAAAUUAGAAGUUACAAAACCCGAGAGCAAAACUGAUGGCGCCUCUUGUUCCAGUCAAGUCAAAGAUGGUUCUGCGCAUCCGCAUCCUAGUAGCGACGCUAAAUACUAUCAUACAGUAACGGUGCCAGCCUCGCGUCGUCCCAGCGCAAUAAGCAAAGUGAUAGAAAUGUUCCGCGGAAGACAGUCAGUUCCAACACAUUCUGGUUCCUUUGAUGCGGAUAAACGGCGAUCGAGAGCGGGAAAUCAGUCUCAUCACCACGCAGGUCAUUUACGAAGGACCACCUCGCAAGAAGCAGAAAAGCGUCGGUCGUCACUAGGCAACGUACCUCCGGCGAGACAUCGAGCGUCUGAUGCUUCAUUGGAUCCACAUCACGCUGCCAUAUUAUUCCGUAAUGCCAGAGGACUUCCAGUGGUGGAUCCCUUCAUACAGAAAGCUAACUUGUCGGAUCUAGAAGAGGACGAGUCACAGAUAUUCGUAAAAUUUUUCAAAUUCCACAAAUGCUACGAUCUCAUCCCGACAUCGGCUAAGUUGGUGGUAUUCGACACACAAUUGCUCGUCAAGAAGGCAUUCUUUGCACUUGUGUAUAACGGUGUCCGUGCCGCCCCGCUAUGGGAUUCCCAAAGACAAGAGUAUGUGGGUAUGCUCACAAUAACGGACUUUAUAAAGAUCCUGCAAAUGUACUACACUAGUGCAGACGUCGCUAUGGACGAGUUGGAAGAACAUCGACUUGAGACUUGGAGACAUGUACUAAAGGGAUCGGUAGUUCCGCUCGUAUCGAUUGGGCCAGAUUCUUCUUUGUACGAAGCCAUUAGGAUACUGAUCACAAACAGGAUUCACCGUUUGCCCGUCAUCGACCCAGAGACUGGCAAUGUACUCUACAUACUCACACACAAGAGAAUACUUAGGUUUCUCUUUUUAUAUAUAAAUGAAUUGCCAAAACCCAAAUACUUACAAAAUAAGCUACGAGACCUGAAAAUUGGUACGCUUAAUAAUAUUGAAACGGCCACAGAGGAUACUUCUAUCAUUGAAGCCUUAAAGAAAUUCGUCAAUCGUCGAGUUUCAGCUUUACCCAUUAUUGAUACCGAGGGCAGGCUGAAAGACAUCUAUGCCAAGUUUGAUGUCAUUAACUUGGCUGCUGAGAAGACGUAUAACAACUUGGAUGUGACGUUAAAAAAAGCAAAUGAACAUCGCAACGAGUGGUUUGAAGGUGUUCAAAAGUGUAAUCUGGACGAGACCCUCUAUGAGGUUAUGGAAAGGAUUGUUCGUGCAGAGGUGCAUCGUCUGGUCGUGGUAAACGAAGAAGAUAAAGUAACGGGCAUCAUAUCACUUUCCGAUCUUCUGAUGUACCUCGUUCUACGCCCGACUGGCGAAUGCGAGGGCGCCAGCCUACGUAACGAACACGGUCCAAUCGUAGAAAAGGAUGAAACUACAGAUUCCAUAUUAAUAGAGAGUGACAAAAUCAUACAAGAAGACGAGUUGGAGGGAGCCGUUGGCGGCGAACCAUUGGAGGACAGUUAAUUUGUAAAUUUAUAAUACAUUUCUAUCGCUACCAAACCUAUAUUGGUUUUUGAUACUUGUUCUACAGAAUAAUAUUUGUAGCAAUUACUAGACGUAGAAUAUAUCAGUUAUUUGUCAAUUUUCUAGAUAUUAAAAAAAUUAAUCAAAUUGUUUAAAAUACAUAUAAAUAACAAUAGCAGUAAGGCCUAUUAUAAAAGGUGGACUAUGGAAAAUGAAUUGUUACCAUGGUAUCAAACGUUUUAUUAAGGUUUCAAAUGGCCACCAUUUUUCGAAGAUAUCUUUCUUAAUCCAAAUAAUAUAUCAACACUUACACACACAUUUUCAACAGCGAUACUAUGUUUACGGUUUGUAUUUUCAGUGUCAAACUCCCCAAUUUAUAUCACAAUUUUUACGGAUACUUAUUUAUAUACACCAUCUAUUGUUAUUAUAUUAUAAUGUUAUUUAGGAAUUUCAAAAGUUUAUACCAAAGCAACAUUGCUUGAUAAUAUACAUGAUAGUCUCGUGUCAUAUUGGUGUGCUUACGCCAUUAUCCAAUAGGGAUUCUAUAUUCACGGAUUAUGGAUUAAGCUAUUAAGCUUUUUCAGUGCGGCCUAACCAUACCCAACUGCCAAAUGUUUAUAUGUUGGUUUGAUCUAUAUAUCGAAAUACGGACUGUACAAAUAAUAACCAUUUGACAGUUUCGACCACCAACUUUAUAUCGAAUUAAUAAAGGUCAACUGGACCCAUAUAAACCCUGUGUAGUACUUAAGUAACUCGUAAAGAAUAUUCUGACCUCUGGUUGGCUAAUAUAUUUAAUACCAUUAUUUAGUGAGUAAUUUGCCGAUUUCAUCGCCUUUAGAUUUAGUUAACAUGUCAGUAUUCGGAAAAAAACUAAUAUGCUUUAAACUGUAUGUGAUUUAGUAUCUCAAACUGACAUCGAUUAAUCGGAAUAGAUUUUCUCCUCCUAAUAAUUGACUAAAUGACAUUCGACUGGAGGGAAAGAUUCCAUGGUCCGAUUGGUCGGAGUAUGAGGUCUGAGAUGGAUUCAAAAUAUAAAUAAUAAAUGACUAACGCCCGCUUUAUAUAUUCCAAAUAAUCAUUAUCAAUUUUGAUAUUCGAUACUUUUCGUGUAGCAUAGAUUUUUUAAUAAAAAAAUUACGUUUUGUUACAUUUUAAAUGGUAUUUUAAAUAUACGAACCGGGCGUUUUGAUGACUAAAAAUUCUAUUGAUACAUACAUUAGUUGAAAAAAAAAUUCCCAUUUAAGUUGUAACAAAAGAAGUCAUAUAUUAAGAAACUCACUUUAUAUUAAUAAGUCGUAAGUUAGUUUGGGAUUAAUUUGAUAUAAGAUUCGAUAAAUACGAAUGAUAAGUUCUAGUGAUUACAUAUGUACCUCUGUAUAUGCACAAAUGUACAGCUAUACAAACAAGGCACAUAAUAAAAAAUAUGUUUGUUACAUUUAAGGUCCAAAUUUGACUAUAAAAUAUAAAUAUGUACUUGAUGCCACAAGGAAUAACGCUCAAUUUUCUAUCUAUACUAAAUUUUGAAAAAGCUCCUAAAUGUCAUUUUUCGAUGUGGUUUUCUGACCCACAAAUAUUUUUACAUAAAACAAGCAUUUAUUAAAUUACAAUUUAUAUUGAAAUUAUUUCUUGAUAGUAUUUUUUAUACUAGGACAUUAGGACUCCUUCGUAUAUUCCUAUAAAAUUGCAUAAAAUCAUUAAUGUAUUUAAAAUAUCAUAUCAAAUAGUGUAAAUUUCAUAUAUUGUAUGUAGAACUGCAUAUUUGUGCUUUGGUGCAAAACAAUAUAUGAAACUGGUGUUGUGAAGUAUAUUUUGUAGUUUUUGAUAAUAUACAGAUACAUUAUGUAUUGACCCAUAUAAAGCGUACUUUCUACUGUUUGCAAAUUAUUAAAUGUAUGUACUUUUAGAUAAACAGGUAACAAAUAUGUUAUACACAAUUACGUUUUCGCGUAAGUUUUCAAAGUUGAUUAGAACAAAAAUUUUGAUAUUUUUUUGAAUACCCUGUGUGCGAAAUACACGUUAAUAUGUAUUAUUUGUGAAAUUGUUGUGCCUCAUGUAACAGGACUUAAGUUUGAAUAUGAAAUUUUUUAGUUUUUAAGUUGUAUGACUAAUCAUGUUUGAUCUUAAGAAUAAAAGCAUGAUUCCGUA